AACACAAUGGAGUUUAAACCUUUAUUGAAGAAGCUGGGCUCAAUUGUCCGCGCCGUCCUGACUUUCGCCUUUGCUCUGCUGGUCCUGGGCGUGAUGGUGUGGGCUUACGUGGACGGUUUCCAGCUGGUGACCUCCAUGUAUGGAAUCAUCUCCUUUGGCUUUUAUGGACUGCUCCUCUCGCUCCACGUGUUGGUCCAGAGCUUUUUCGCCUUCAUCGAGCACCGGCGGAUGAAAGCUCGCACAGAACCUUGCUCCUUCACCAAAACCAUCGGCUUCACUAUCUCGGCCUUCCAGGAGGACCCGGUCUAUCUCAGAGAGUGCCUCAACUCCAUACGGGCCCUCAAUUAUCCUCCGGAGCUGCUGCGCAUCAUCAUGGUGAUAGACGGGAACUCGGAUGAUGACAAGUACAUGAUGGAGAUGUUCAGGGAGGUGUUUGCGGACCAGGAUCCUGGCUGCUUGGUCUGGAAAAACAACUACCACACGUGGGACCCAACCCAGGUCCAGCAGGAUGUGGAGGCAGAAAUCGGCCCAGGAGGAGAUGCUGAUUAUAUCGUAGGAGAGGAUCCACAGAGGAAAGAGGUAGAGCGCCUGAUCCAGAGCAAACAGUGUGUCUGCAUCAUGCAGAAGUGGGGCGGCAAGCGGGAAGUGAUGUACACGGCGUUUAAAGCACUCGGCUCAUCGGUGGACUACAUACAGGUGUGUGACUCGGACACCAAGCUGGACACGCUGGCCACCGUGGAGCUGGUCAAAGUGUUGGAGAGUAACCUUAAGUACGGUGCUGUGGGAGGAGACGUGAUGAUCCUCAACCUGAAAGACUCUUACAUCAGCUUCAUGAGCAGUCUGAGGUACUGGAUGGCUUUCAACAUCGAGAGGUCCUGCCAGUCCUUCUUCAACUGUGUGUCCUGCAUCAGUGGUCCUUUGGGUCUGUACAGGAACGAUCUUCUCCAGCAGUUUCUGGAGUCCUGGUACAAUCAGACGUUUUUGGGAACUCACUGCACAUUUGGUGACGACAGACAUCUCACGAACCGGAUGCUGAGCAUGGGCUAUGCUACAAAAUACACAGCUCGCUCCAAGUGCUACACGGAGACCCCGGCCCAGUUUCUGCGCUGGCUCAGCCAGCAGACUCGCUGGACGAAAUCGUACUUCCGCGAGUGGCUCUACAACGCAAUGUGGUGGCACAAGCACCACCUGUGGAUGACCUACGAGUCCAUCGUCUCGGGGAUCUUCCCCUUCUUCGUCACCGCCACCAUCAUCCAGCUGUUCUGGACCGGCUCGCUGUGGGACGUGCUCUGGAUCCUGUGCUGCAUCCAGCUCAUCGGGCUGGUGAAGGCGGCCUACGCCUGCAUCCUGCGGAGAGACAUGGUGAUGGUGUUCAUGUCCCUCUACUCAGCUCUGUACAUGACCAGCCUGCUGCCUGCUAAGUACUUUGCCAUCAUCACCAUGAACAAAAGCAGCUGGGGGACAUCAGGCAGGCGGAAGAUUGUAGGAAACUACAUGCCCCUUCUCCCUCUGUCCGUCUGGACCGCCAUUUUAUUAAGUGGACUUGGUUACACAAUCUACAAGGAGAGUCAGCUGGAUUGGUCUACUCCAGCUAAGAUAGAGGAAACUAAGUUUAUUGUCUUUGGCUGCGUGGCCUAUGUCUUCUACUGGCUCCUUAUGAUCUGCCUCUACUGGGCGUGGUUCCGCAAGUUAUGUAGAAAACGUGUCAAAGCGUAUGCGUUGAGUGUUUAGGUCCAGUGAGGAACUAAGAGAAGGAAGAUAAUUUAUUCAGAUUCAACCAUUUACCUUAUUUUAUUCAGUGGGUUUCAUUUAUUUAUUUUGUUUCAUAUUUCAGUAACUGGUGGACAGGGGUUUUUAAUGCAGCUGCUAAAGUUUAUAUGUUGGACGAAAGGACUAAAAAAAGACACAAAAUGACAAACAAAGACACGAAAAGACACAAAAUGACUAAAAAAAGACACAAAAUGACUAAAAAAAGACACAAAAUGACCAAAAAAGACACAAAAUGACUUAAAAAGACAUGAAAAGAAUUUAAAAAAUGGACAAAAUAGCCCAAGACUCCAUAGAGUUAAGUUGUUAACCCAUUUCUUGUUCCCUGAAAAAGGCCUACUUGUAUAAUUCUGAAAUGUACAUUAUUUUUCAGUUUUGGUUAACCUUACCUUUUUUUAUUGCGUUGAGUGUUUAGGUCCAGUGAGGAAUUAAGAGAAGGAAGAUAAUUUAUUCAGAUUCAACCAUUUACCUUAUUUUAUUCAGUGGGUUUCAUGUAUUUAUUUUGUCUCACAUUUCAGUAACUGGUGGACAGGGGUUUUUAAUGCAGCUGCUAAACCAUCUGAGCAUUUUUUGUUGAAAGAAAUUACAAAAAUAUCACUAAUAUAUAUAAGGACAAAUGUUUGUUUCAUAUGGAGAUGUUGUUGCACGUUUAAAUGAAACUGUACUGAGGGCUUUUGGGCCCAUGCACUUCUCAGGUUUCUCAGAUUAUGAUGGGAGAGAUGCUUCCAUCAGAUAUUUAUUCAUAUCUAAAGAUUUGAGAACUGCCAUGUAGAUAAUAUUUUUUUGUAUUUAAAAAAGGUGGGGGUAAUGGAUCUUGGGUUAUGUCUAUUUUAAAAAUAUAUCAACAUACGACAUGUCCACAAAUGUGUAUGUAGAUGACUUUAACAACACGAUGAACUGAUUGAUUGUGUCAGUUUAGUGAACAUUACUUCACCACUGUUGCUGUUAUUGCACUGGAUCCUGGAUGGCACCUCCUGUCUGCAGUGUUGCAGGCUUACUUGAAAAAAGUAUUGUGCUGUAGGAAAAAUGCACAAGCAGAGAAGAAGAAUCUAUAACUCUAUGAGGAAAAAGUGAAGAACGGCGAUGAUGCUGUGGCCGAGGAUCAACAUAUGGAGUGACUUACUGAAACCUGAAACAAUGAUGUUUCUGAGGUUUCUUUCAAUAUUGUAUUUUAUCUGGUUGCUGUAUACCUACUCUCUCCAUAGUAUGAGUGUACUGUGUAAGAUGCACUUUGUUUGAUUUUAAUAUUACAGAGGAAAGUGUUGUAAUGGCUGGAAAUUGUCUAAAAAUGUGAAAAAAUUGUUGGUUUUGGGAACUUGUAUAGAAACUAAAAAAUAAAAUAU